GGAGUAUAUUUAACAAUGAUCAACAUAGCGACAUUAUAUUUAACGACUAUGGACAUAGUUGGGAGAGUUUACGGCGCACAAUAUGCGAAAUCCAAAGAAUUACCUACACUUGUGAGCGAUUGCGUUAAACGUAUGAUAGAACAAAUGAUUGACCGCGAAGGUACUGAUCGGCCAUUUUCUCCCAUGUUGCAUGUCUACAAUUUGUACGCCAAUAUUGUGGGCACCAUUGUUUUUAGUGAAAGAUUUGAUAUAGAGCAAACUGAGUUACGAAAGUUUAAAUACAUUUCUACUGAUUUUCUAACUGACCUGGGUAAUUCGCUUUUUCUAUACGAGUUUAUACCGGUGAUUCGCUAUUUUAUGGCCAACCCAUUAAUUAAAUACAAGCGCUAUUUCAAAGAAAUGCUAAAUUAUACGCGAGAUAUAUAUAUAAAACAUGAUAAAACACAUGAUCUUAACAAUAAUUUGCGUGACUUUUGUGAUAUACUUAUCGCCGCUAAACACGAGGCCAUUGCUGAGGACAAACAGACGGCACCUUAUUUUACCGAUGAUAACCUACCGGUCGUUCUAAUUGACUUGUUUAUGGGCAAGUUAUUUUAA